UAUGACGUGAAGACAGAACACGGGGCACAACUGUCCCGUAAAGAGGAGGGCGAUGGACACGGAUCAGUCAGAGGCAGCUAUGGUUACAGAGAUGAUAAAGGCAUUGAACGACGAGUUGAUUAUGUAGCAGAUAAGGGAGGCUUUAGAGCUGUGGUCAAAACAAAUGAGCCUGGUACUGCUAAGAGCAAUCCUGCUGAUGUUGAAAUGUUAGCCGACCCUAUGAUUGUUGAGUGGUCUAAAUGGUCACGACCUCAACAAAAUGAUAGACACCAACUUUGGUGA